AUCCGCGCACGUCUUCUCUCCCAGCGCUGCAAACAGCCGUGCGGCGCUCGAGGCGAGCGCGCGACGUCUGAUGAGCCGGCCGUCGCGGCAGUUAUUCUUCCCAGGCGCUCCCUCGUCGUCGUUCGUCGAUGCCCACCGGUAGACGACACAGCGACCAUACGACUCGAGCUCUUCGUCGCAGACAUCGGGAAACCUUGGAAGGAUUAGGGCAUCCUCUUCGCCAUCUCUGUGGAACAUCUCCGUCGGGACAUCCCUGGAGGAUACUUACUGGAGUUGGGCAACGCUGCGACACCAUCAGUGCAGCUGCGCGGCGGGGGCAGUCACAGGUGUUACACUGAGCGUCUAAGCGAAGUCACCGAGCACUACGCUGAUCGCCUACUGCCCAGGUCGGUCGAUGAUUUCGAAGUGUUGCGAGCUCAUCCUAACCUUUUAAUCCAAGAGGAUACGAGAACUCGGCGGCAUCUCGACGACGACGGAUUGUGAGUGGCGCACCCGCAGAAUUCGCGAAAAGCAUCGAAACUCUGUUCGACAUCGACGAGACGUCGAGUUUGUGACUUCCACAUUUUUCGGGUUUCGUUCGUUGGACUGAUCGGUUUGAAACGAAAUGACGUAACUGUGGAUGUGCGCAGUUUGUGUGUGGAAGUGCAUGAGAACUGAAUGAUGGGCGUUUCGCUAUUUACGUCACGCAUGGCGCGCUACGGAAGAAAUCUCUCUAGCCCAUGCUUAGUUGCGUGCUAACGGGUGAUUUGAGAGUGAUUCGUCUACAGCGCACUUAUUCAGUUAUCUGUGAACAACGCAUUUCCAUUCGCAAACAACACUCGCCGGAGCUGCAGACGAAUGAGAUGUGCUGUUCCACUUAAACAAGAUUUUUGAUAAAAAAGAAAUCGUCUGAGUUGGUGGUUUACCAAAUGAUCUGCUUAAACACCACCACGUUUUUUAAGCGAUAACGAAGUUUAUUUCAUGAUAAUUCAGAACAAAGUUCACGCUUACACAUUCAAGGUGGCAGGUCAGGGUAUUGCUUCUACACCUGACGGCUUUUUUUCUGUUGUGCCACGAUUCUGCCAGUUGUGCAAGAACAAUAUCGCCUCGUUCUAAUAAGGAUAAACAUAGUCCAGGUUUUGCUGAAAGACAAGCUGAUUCAUUCAUCACGACAAGUUAUCACCGGCCUGUGUUAUCAACGGUAUAAGCCACACCUGCUCUACGUAAAAUAAUUCCCAAGAUUGUCGUUCAUCGCCCUCGUACGGAAUCUUCUACAUCGUCGAGUUCACUGUAGCACCACUCUUGGCAAAUUGUAUUUCUCGAGAAACAGGGAAAAGUGAUCUACAAAUCCUUGUGCUUUGUUGCUAGCUACACGGGUGUCAUCACGUGAAAGGACGUUCCAACCGUCUGCGUGGGAAUAUCGCCGAAGUCACAGAUCCACCCAGGUAACGCACGGUCCAGAUGGCAAGUUUCAAGUCAACAUCGUCCGCUCGAGCACAGCGAUCGCCCUUGGUCGCGUUGGCGCUGUCGCUGUGGCUGCAGUGGUUCGCCAGCGUGGCCUGUGCCGACGACCCGAGUCCCGCCAUCUAUCCUGGCCAGGCGAACAUCGCGCUGAUGAUGCCGCUGCGAACCGCGGUCAGAAACGGCACCAGCGACGCCGCGGCGGGAUCUGGCGGUGACGGCGCGUGCGGCUCCCUGGACCCGCGCCGGGUGCGGCUCGCCCUGGCCGGAGUCUGGGCGGCACAGCAAGCGAACUUCAGGAAGGCCCCGUCUGACUUCAACCUGGGCGUCUACCUGUACGACACCUGCGGGAGCGACAACGUGGCCCUGCGACAGAGCGUGCGCGUCAUCCACCAGGCGGGACACGUGCGCUCCAUGGCCUGCCCCACCACGAGGGUACCGCCCGUGUUCGGUGCCAUACUGCAGGGCGAACUGGAUGCCGUCGAGACGGCGGCCAAGACGCUCGCCUCCUUCUCCAUACCCGCGGUGGCCGCCAGGGACGUUCCAGCCGACAGCGUCCGCAGGCUGCGCAACCUCUACAGCACCGCGCCGGCGGCCACUUCGCUCGCAAGGGCCUUGGCGAGCACACUGCGCCGGCUGGGCUGGUCGUACGUGGCCGUGAUGUCAACGGCGGAGGACAGGCCCCGCGAGCUGUCGCGGGCUUUCCUGCGCGUGGCCCGCGACAUGGCCAUCGACAUCAUGAACGCCGACGCUCCCGGGGGCUUCUCCUACCAGCAGGUGCAGGAGGCGCUGGGCUCCACGAGGCAGCUCGUCCAGAGUGGCUGCCGAGCGGCUGCACUGUUCGUGACCCCCGCCGAGGCCAAGGCGUUCCUGGUGAGCUACGAGCCUGACCCUGACGCCGCCUUCUCCUGGGUCCUGGUGACGCCCGGAGACGUGACGGCCUCGCUGGGCGGGUUCCUGACUACGCACAAGCUGCGGCGCCUGCGUCACGUGCUCUUCGCGGCUCCCGACGAUGCGCAGCGCCCGUCCGAGUACGGCGACUACCUGCGCGAUCUGAUGGACAGGGACGGGUCGGCGCCGCUGCUCCAGGAGCUGCGCAAGACGUACUCCAGGAACGACGUGGUCCGGCGCUGGGACGAAGAGGUGAGCGACAGCGCGGACGCGGUGGCCGUCAUCCGCGCCGUGUGGGCCAUGGGCGCCGCCCUUCGCGCCGUGCAGCGGGUGCAGUGCGGCCGCGGCACCGACUGCCUGUUCGGCGGCCGCCAGGGACUCAGCGCGUCCGUGCUCGAGGCGCUCGACUCGCUCAACUUCAACAUGGCCGGCGCCGGAGUCGCUUCGCUCAGCGACACGCCGCUCAAGUUCUCGCACGAGAGGCACGUGGCCACGCUCAAGUACGCCGUCAAGGCCGUCUCCACCAAUGGCGAAGUGCUGCAGAUAUCCGGUUACACGGACGAUACUGGCCUGGAAGUGGACGAUGUCCUGGUGCCGACCCGAGGCCCCGUUAUACGAGGAUCCGCUGUGGAAGCCGGCAAAACCAGCGUCAAGCCUGGCACCAGGCAGCGCUCGUCCAACCUACGCUCCAGCAACCUGGAGAUCCAGAACGAGGGCGAACCUCAGCAGCUGGGCGACGACGCCACCAGCUCGCCACCGCUCUCGCAGACGGCCUCGGACGAGGACUACGGAGCGCUGGCCGAGAAGGCGUCCACGUCGUCCGGAGCCGUGCGACUGACCAAGCCCAAGCUCUACACCAUAUGGAUGGCGAAGCCCUGGACGCUGGCCGUCGUCAUCAUGUCUGGCAUCGGGAUUCUUCUCAGUGCCUACGUCGCGGUCUUCCUCCUGAUGAAGCUUUGCGAGGGCGUCGUGCGCAAGGGCCACCAAUUGACGUCACUCCUGCUGCUCCUCUCGGUCGUCAGCCUCUUCUUGUCGGCGCUUCUGUUUACCUUCCGGCCUAGGCCCCGCCUGUGCGCCAUCCAGCAGUUGGCACACCACAUCAGCUACGCGUUCGCGUUCGGCGCGCUGCUCCUCAAGGGAAUGCACUUGAACACCAUGCAAAGCACUGGACUCGGGGGCCGCGCCAGCGGUCUCAACCAGCUGCUCACCAUAUGCUUCCUCGUAGCCGUCCAGCUGGCGCUCGAGGCGCAGGCCUGGAUGCUCUCUCCGCCUCGCUGGUGCCGGCUAAACCAGGCGCGGUUCCUGCUGCACCAGGCCUACCCGUGCGUGGUGCUGGCCCUCGCCGUGCUGAUGGCCUUCCGGACGCGCAACUGUUCUUAUCACCGACGCGACGCCAGAAGCCUUUUGUGCACCAGUCUCCUGGCGGUGCCGAUCCUCGCGGCGGGACACACGGCGUUCCUGCUGUUGGGGCCCGGAGAACAUCAGAUAGCGGCGCUCAGUUUUGCGCUCAUCGCCACGGGGUUUCUGAUUCUCGUAGGCAUCUUCGCUCCGUACCUCAGGGCCCUGCACAAACGAGGUGGCUACGGCCACAAGCCGCUCAGCUACUCGGACUCGUCGGCGUCCGCCUUCACCACCUUCCAGCACCACCAUAAGGACAGUGGGUCCACGAUGCCCGAGUGCUGCUACGUUCGCGGAGGCCGAGCAGUCACCAUCGUGCACCAGUCCAACAGAAACGGCGCAGGGCCGUCUCAUCACGUCAGGAACCCGCUCUACAUUCCGGGGUCUGCUUACCCCUAGGCGCCGGGAACUUCGAAACGGUCGUGCGACCGGCACGCCGCAGGCAGAAAGGACUGCGCGAAGCGCGCUCUCAGGGCUCAAGCCGAGCCUGUGACUGUCCUUCAUUUUUUGUGGAGAGACAUGCGGUUCGACAUCCCACCUCUCUCGACGGGUUUAAAUAGCCGUGAACUGUGAGAACGCAAGGCUCUAUACCUUUGUCAGUGAGCGACAUCUUUGCCGGCUUUGAAAGCGCUGCUCACCUCUUUGAGGACAACGUGUUCCUGUGGCAGACUGUGACCGUGUCGCAUGAUUUCUCAUAUGUGCCCACGUCUAAGGCUGGGUUAAGGGAGAGCCACAGGUGCUGCAGCCCCGGACCUCAACCCCUGAGAUUAGGCGUAAGGGGGCCACGUGUAUCACGAUGUGCGAGAACGAGGCCCCUAUAGUCGCCAUUGAUCCACCCAUCCGCCUCUGUAAGGAGCUGUGAAGACUAUAGCGAAAAGCUUUCUUUCCUUUCUUCUUCUUUUUCUUUUUUUCUUGUUUUGUUUUCUUCUUCCAAGAUUAUUUUUCGUUAUGCGUGCUGGCGCUAACCAGUGAGAUGAGUGCAUCUUUGUGCCUAAACGCUGUGCCUUCGAACGUGGAGUGAACGAGACAUCGCUAUAGAAUACUUUCCGCGUUAUGUUACAGGUACUCCGGAUGCGCAUUUAGGCAUAGACAAUGUUUUACUUCGUAAGGCGCUAACGUAUGUUUUCGCGAACACUGUUGACAGAGCGUGUCGACAACAUUUGUGCGCGAAGGCAUGCGGUGUAGGAAGUAAUUCUUUGUGUCAUAGAACAUCCUAUGUAUAGACCCCAGUGCAGCUGCAUACAGCGCGAUAACGGUGCGUCCAGAAGUGCAUUUGCGCUGUGUGCUGUAGGCUAAUGGUUCGAGAUAAAUUACUUUUGCGCACGCGUCGUCAGACAAGUUCGUGCUUUUCGCUACGCAACUGACUCGUACUGCUCCCGUUUAACAGCUGUACCGCCCAACGCGAGGCGAGCCUGAGCAGUCACGAAGGUGCAAGCCCGGGACAUGUCUUAUCGCCUGGCGUGACAGAUGAAUCAUCGCUCACUGCAGCGGCUGACUUAAUAAAGCUGAUAAUGCUGAUGAUGAUAAUCAAAUUCCCCUUAGAAACAUGGCGGUGGCAUGUAUCACUAUCUUCCAGAACACUAUUUAAAUUGUUGUUCAACUUUAAUGUCAUAUUUCCACUCCUCUAGUCUAUAAUAAGCGCAAGACCAUGCACCAGUUCUUAUUCGACGUUACUUUGAAAGAUUGGUGGAUAUAAGUGGAGAAGAAUCAGACUUCUCUUGUUAAUGUUGAACGAGCUGAUUUUUUUACCAUCUCAUUGCCGUCUUUAAUUUCUAAGGCUUCGUGGAGAGUGAUGACAUUUUUAAUCCAAAUCAAAGACGGCGUCGAAGAGAGGUACGA